AAAACUUCCCUCCCAUCAGCAUCCGCAGCGCGAGUGUGUGCGUGCGUAUGUGCGUGCGUGCGCGUGUGUGUGCGUGUGUGUGUGUGAGUGAGUGUGCAGUCAGAAUAUUGUGCAAAUGCGCAGCGGUGCACAUUGGUUCAGUGUUUCGCAGCCCAACCUGUGGGUCGGUGCACCGCGGUGAAAAGCAUGCCAACAGGGGUCCAGCAGCUCUCAGGACGAGUGAGAGGAAGGUGCGCACCGACGAGCUGAACCCUCAGGGCGAGCACAGGCCGUCAAAAGGGAACCAUGUGCAGCUUCCUGAGCCCCAAACAGCCCAGUGGCCCCGGCCUCACGGAUAUGCAACAGUAUCAGCAGUGGCUGGCCAGUCGACAUGAAGCCAGCCUGCUGCCCAUGAAGGAAGACCUGGCCCUGUGGCUAACUAACAUUCUCGGUCUGGAAAUCACCGCUGAGAGUUUCAUGGAUUGCUUAGACAAUGGCUUCCUGUUGUGCCAGCUGGCUGAGACGCUACAGAAGAAGUUCAGGCAAAAUGAUGGAGAAUUGCCUGCCUGUGGGAAUAGCAAGCAGAGUAUUCCCUGUCGGAGGAUACCGUGCCGGCAGAGCGCUCCCUCCGGUUCCUUUUUCGCACGAGACAACACGGCUAACUUCCUGACCUGGUGCCGUAAGGUCGGAGUUGGAGAAACGUGUCUGUUUGAGUCAGAGGAUUUAGCAGUAGAUGAAACAACAUCAGUUCUCCAUAAGCAGCCACGAGAAGUGUGCCUCUGUCUUCUAGAGUUGGGACGGAUAGCUUCACGUUACAACGUGGAGCCUCCUGGCCUCAUUCAACUGGAGAAAGAGAUUGAACAAGAAGAAAAAUCACCUCCACCACCUCCAUCACCUGUAUCCCCAGCUCAGGCCCCUCCUCCAUCACCCCCUACAUCUCCCUCCCUGUCUCCGACUCCUCCCAAAGUCAGUUCCUGUAAAAAAAGUACAGGGAAGCUGUUGGAUGAGGCUGUAAGACAUAUCGCUGAUGAUCCUCCCUGUAGAUGUCUGAACAAAUUCUGCGUAGAGAGACAGUCCCAGGGUCGAUACCGCGUCGGGGAGAAGAUGCUUUUCAUCAGGAUGCUGCACAACAGGCACGUGAUGGUGCGCGUCGGCGGAGGCUGGGAGACGUUUGAGAGCUACCUGCUGAAACACGACCCGUGUCGCAUGCUGCAAGUCUCCCGGGUGGAGGGCAAGCCGUCCCCCAUCAGCAGCAAGUCCCCCAACAUCAAGGACCUGAGCCCCGACAGCUACCUGGUGGUGGCGGCCCACUACCGCAGCAAAAAGUGAAGACGUGAGAUGGAGACGGGCAGUGGCUUGAAAAAUAUGGCAGUCAUCACAAUAUAAUCAGAAUAAAGUUAACACAGCCCGCAGUACCCUGCGGUGUGUGUAAAUGUUAAAAACUUUAUUCUAAAUGAGAUCAAGGAGGCAAGUGGACACUUUGCACAAUUCUCCCCCCCCCCCCACCUUUUCUUAAUUGGUAAUUUGUUAACCUAACUGCCUUAGAUGGAGUACACACUUUAGUGGGCAGCACCCACAUUUUCAAAAAUGAACUUAGACAUUAGAAGAAAUAAGCAGAAACAAAUGUAAUCAACCAAAUAGCUACAUGAUACUCCACUGUGUAAUUUGCUUGUAAAAACGACCAAAUCUGCCAAGAAACCAAACUUGUCCAUAAAAUGUUAGUUUUCUUCAGUGUAUUUUCUUUAAUAGACUAAGAAAUUAAAGCAGACUUAGACUGUCAACAUGUUUAAUACCUUUUUUAUGAAAUGCAUUUUAUAAUAUAAUCAUCAAUUCUUUGUUAUUAGGAUAGCUGCUCUGUUAUAGAACGUUAGAACAUGGACACCAGCUGUAAAAGAUGCAGUUCACCAGGACUUGAUUGAUUUAGGAUUAAUAGAUUAGAUUGAUAUUUGAAGUUCUGAAGUUAUUCCACGUGUUGCAUGUUACUGAUUUCUAGAGUAGUGCAACAAUUGAAACAUGAUAAUCUCCAUUUUUUUAAACAAUUAUUCCCUAAAUGAUUGUUCAAUAUAUUCAUUUGUGCAACUUUCUCCUAGGAGAAAUGAUUUAUAGGCUUGACAUGAGAUCAUUAUGCAAACAGGCUUCUAUGUGAAUAUAAUUGGUCCAAAUUAUGUUUCAGAUUUACAUUUAAUGUGUAAUCUUCAUAAUAACAUACGCAUUAAAAUAUUUGUAAGACUGAAAACUAUUGGUACAUAUUCAACUGUAAAGUCAACAACUAAGUGUACAUUUUUUUAGCAAGUAAGUAGCUAUAUGUCUCAA